UCAACUUCGCCUCUCGAUGCCAGAUACAUCUUUAGAAGCUACACCUAUUAUUUCAAUUGUCCCAAGCAAGGCGUCAAUCAAGGAACGAUUUUGAUUCAUGAAAUAUGUUUGGUAUUGUUAUAAUCCUAUCACUCCUGCUGUCAUUUGCAAGUGAUGCUGCAGCCUUGCUGGUAAAUCAGACUCUUGCAGCCAACUCUUCGCUAGCCUGUACCACAGAAAGAGCUGAUGAUGUACUCAAACAUAUCAAGGAAGAUAAUCUCGAUGUUGUGGUGCUUGCUGCUGCAUGUCGCAGCGUUUGUAAUGUUGUCUUGGGAUCAGGAAAUCCUGAUAUGGCGGGCCCGGGUAUGAUGAUAUCCUACUACCUCCAAAUUGCGUUAUCCGUCCUGUUCGGGCCACUUCUGCCGUUCCUCAUUUGGAUUUCCAAGAAGCGAUCAUUCCAGCCGGUUCUGCGACGAGUUGCUCUUUUGGAAAAACUACUUCUAUCUGUGGUCCAGACUAGUUUAUUCUACUCUUCCUCGCUCUUCAUUGCAGCAAUUUUCCGCCAUUGCCAAAGCCCGUCGAUUUCAGAAUACGUAAUCCUAGGCCGGUUGCUGAAACUCCAAUUAGCGACCAUGUCGUUCUUACUUUGUGGGUUGGUUCUGGAAUGGCGUUUGAAAGAAUUCAGUAUUCCAUUUGAAUGGGUACUAUAUUCCGUAGUGAUCAUUCUGUCUCAAGGCUUGACGUGUGUCGCACUGGAGCAAGGAUUCCCCGUGAUGGUAGAUGAGGAUUCGAUGUAUUAUUUCCAAUUGUCAGAUGCCUGUGAUGACAUAGAUGGGAAUGGAGGUCCUUUCUAUGGAUUUAAAACUGACAUCUUCUAUUUCUCGAGAGGGGAGACUGGUAUGACUGCGUUGCUGAUUGCUCUUCCAGGAAUAUGGCUAGUCAUGUACCUGAUUCCGACACAUUGGAAAAGAUUGCCGGAGCCUGCCAUGCGCCGGCUCCACUGGAAGAAGAUCAAGCUGGGACUCAGUGCGCUCAUUUUUCUCUUUCUUUCUUACCUUUUCGCAGGCUGUAUCAUGCUCUCGGUAAGUGUCAGCCAAACCGUCCAGGAAAACGAAUGGGGAUAUGGUCAAUCCACAGCAGUAUUGCUCUGGGCUCCCUUUUUCUUUGAAGCAAUCAGCAAUACUAUAAAGCAUGAGAGAUCACUACGAGCAAUCAAACAAGUGGCUGUACAUCUACAGGACUUAAAACCAGGUUGUCCAAGUGAUCAAGCACAUGAACGGCUCGUUGGAAGUGGCUCUGUCGAUGAGCACGAGGUUGUUGCGGAGCAAAAUCCGGAUGAUGAGGGGGACGAUGAUGAAAUCGCCUUGGGAGUGAACCGCAGAGACACCGAAUCUAGGAUGGAAGGGCGAGGAAUUGUAGGACAAAGUGAUGCAGAACGGGCAGCGACAUGGCAGUGUGACCAUUUGCAGAAUCCCCCAGAAGCCCACAGAUUGAAAAGAAGAUUCACAUGA